AUAGGGGCAUGGUUCCAAACCCUAAUUGUUUUUUUCUGAUCCGCCUCUCCUGUUCUUCUCUGCGGACGCCUGCCUUCCCUGGUCUGCAAACGGCAGACUGUCUCUUCUUCCUCCCUGUGCUUUUAGCCGCUGUUUUUUCCCCAGCCAAAUCUGCCUUUAGCCGCUGGUUUCUCAUCCCAAUCAUUAGCCCAAUAAUAUAUAGCUUCCUUUUGUCAUGGCAACUAAUGGGCGAGACGUGUUCGAUACCCUUCCUGGAGGAUUGCGAUUAUUUCUUCGUAAUCUGCAUUCUCUGGUUCCUGCAAAAUUGGAGGAUAAUAACUAUCCGUCAUGGUCAUCAACAGUGAAAGCAACCCUCAUUGCACAUCGUCUUUUUGGGCAUGUUGAUGGUACUGAUGCCGCACCUCCACCCACUAUUCUUGACGAAAAGGCAGCCACCGCCGGAGAUAAAGAACCAGUGAUGAAGCCCAACCCGGCAUAUGAACAGUGGGUCAUCAUUGAUGCACAACUACGAGCCUCCCUCCUUGCUCUGCUUUCUCCAACCGUUCAGAACUAUGUUCAUAUGUGCACCACAGCCGCAGAAAUCUGGAAUCAUCUUCACCAAAGGUAUAAUUCGUUGUCUCAUACGCAUAUUUUUCAACUAAAGGAGCAGCUUCAUAAUAUUCGUAAGGGACAAUCUAGUAUGCAAAGCUACCUUGAUGAGGUCUUAAAAAUUGUUAAUGCCCUUGCCCUUGCCUGUGAACCAAUCCCAGAACAAGAUAUUAUUCUCAAUGUCAUGCGUGGUCUACCGCCUGAAUAUGGAUCUCUAAAACAAAAUGUUCGGACCAAUCUUGCCAGUCUCACAUUCAACACUGUCUCUUCUUGGCUAUUAUCUGAGGAACUGAAUAUUCAACUUGAACAAAAACUCAGUCUUGGUCCGACAACAGGUUCGUCCACGGAGUUACAUACCGCUCUCUAUGCCUCCCAGGAGAGUUCGUCCACUCAGCGUGGCCGUGGUCACUUUGGAGGCGGCAGGGGAUACGGCAGGCCCUCCGGCAGUGGCGGCUGGACUGGAGGAGGCGGGAGGCCUGGUGGUGCUGGUGGUGCUGGCGGUCGGUUGCAGCAUUCUCAUCCAUAUUAUGGCUCCAACUCGGUCUCUACGGCUGGGGGACAGUCGUUACCGAUUUCUAGUGUUGGCUCAGGACAGGUUACCACAGCCACAGGAUUUUUUGAUCCUGGACAAUCUUACCAAUCAGGUGAUAUACAGAGGCCCAUGUGAGCAUGGUCUAUACACCCUUCGAGUCAAGUCUCCUGGAGUAAUUAACUCAAAAAACAAAAUCUAACGUGUAACACCCUAAUCCGUCCAGGUCUGCAGCCCCUUUCGGACUAAAGUAUUUAACUUGGUAAUCGUAAAAUUUAAAACUUUUCAAACACACUUUAUUAAUCUCAAUAAUAUUUUUCAUAACAUAUACAGUACGGAGUAUUUAACAAUAUUGCGGAAGCGAAUUUAAUAUUGACAUAUCAUAAAUCAUUUCAAAACUUGUCACAUCCAUCCCGACAAUCUCGCCCCAUCUGCCGCCAGGAUCACAUUAAUCUUUCUGUUUACCUGCGUGUAGCAAAUAAAACAUACUACACGCUCAGCGGUGAAGCUGAGUAAGCAUAUCUAAAACGUCGAACAUCCACAUAAAUUGAAUCUCAAUUC